UGUGUGUGUGUGUGUGAUGACGUCACGAACCCCACGCAAGAAAGAGGAAGGCGAUGGAAAGCACUUGUGACAAUGUCGCAUACUAAUUCCUUCUUUUGAUUUUGAAUGAAUUGCUCACGCCACGAUGAAGAGGUGCUUCGGUCGCAGGUUGCCGCUCUUCAUCCUCGCCCUCUUCGCGGUUCUUUACGUCCACUUUGAGUGGGACGUCGGCCGCCUCUCGGGGCUCUUGCCAGCGGCGGCUCGUCCUCGCCUCCCCUCCGGCUUCCGAAGCCCUCGUGCCGUCCCAGCCGUCACCCCCGAGGCGAGGUCCACCACCGUCGUGCCGGGGCGCCGCCGAGCCUCCGGGCUGCGGCUGAAGGACAUCUUCAUCGCGGUCAAGACCACCGGAAGGUUCCAUGGGACGCGCCUGGCCCUCCUUUUGCAGACCUGGAUCUCCACAACCAAGACGCACACGUUCAUUUUUACCGACACGGACGACGACCACUUGAAGGCCGAAGGCUACAACAUGGUGAUGACGAGCUGCUCUUCGGACCACAGUCAGCAGGCUCUGGCAUGCAAGAUGGCCGCCGAGUACAACGGCUUCCUGGCCUCCGACAAGAGGUGGUUUUGUCAUGUGGACGAUGACAACUACGUGAACGGCGAGGCUCUCGUCGCCACGCUCGCCGCCUUCCCGCAAGACGGCGACAUCUACGUGGGCAAGGCCAGCCUUUACAAACCAAUCACAGCUCACGAGCUCAUGGAGGGAAACCAAACGAGAGAAGUGAAGUUCUGGUUCGCCACUGGAGGAGCUGGAUUCUGUUUGAGUCGGCGUCUGGCCCACAAGAUGUCGCCCUGGGCCCGUGGCUCUCGCUUCCAGGAGACAUCGGCGAAGAUCCGUCUGCCCGACGAUUGCACGGUGGGCUUCAUUGUGGAGGACCGCGUGGGUGUCUCCAUGGUCCACUGCCCAUUGUUCCACUCGCACUUGGAGAACCUCAUGCUGCUUCGCCGCGCCAGCAUCCCGCACCAGGUGACUCUGAGUUACGGCCUGCUAGAGGACAAGCUGAACAGUGUGGAGCUAAAAGGAAGUUUCUCCAAAGAAGAAGAUCCAUCCAGGUUCAAGACCCUGCACUGCUUGCUACACCCGCUAACCAGUUGGUGUCCCUGAACCACCACCAAGGCAAAUUAGGAUCAGGACUUCAGAGCCUCCCAGUACAGUCUGGUGAUCGUCGUGACUUGGAAAGAGUCAAAUUUGAACAGCACUUUUAUUCAGCAAAUGGACAUUGUUCAAUUGUUUAUACAUUUGUCGUAUAACACCUUUCAAUCCAUUUUAAUACAUAUGACAUUUUAAAAGAAAAAAAAAAAGGUUUUCCCGCCUGGCGGAAGUAGGGGGUGUCCUCACCUGCACGCACUAGCCAAUCAUACGGCAGAUGGGCGUGUCCCGGCAUCGUCUCCAGGACCAUUUGGACGAAAAGCAUGAGCGGCGAAAAUCUUGAGGUGACUUCCUGAUGCAAGUGGCGUUGAGGGGCCUGCAGUGCUCCCUGUAAAUUCAUUCACUCUUCUCUUGUGUGAAGCAGCUGAUUGAUCAGCUCUUCCGCAUUUUAGUCCAUGUACAGCACUUUGUAAGCAGCGGUGGCUGUUUUCAUGUGCUCUCGAAAUACGGUUGAGUUGAGCUGAGGAUUCCGAGUUCAGGGCAAGUCAACGAAAUCAGAAGUCAGGUUUUGAUUAGCUUCCCAAAACGUCCACCUGGACAGAUGUUUUAAUCAACCCAUGGACGUGAAUAAAUCGCACUGCGCUUGCAUGUGGAAAAUAUGAUCGUUUUUGUUCAUUUGAAUAUCAUGGAGAAGUUAUCUUGUAGCGCCAGAAGGAGCCACGAGGUGGCAGUAGCGUGCCAUGUAACGCCUCCUCCCGGGAGCCCAGACCAAGUUUGGAAAGGAAGCGGGAGAUGAAGCUUAAAAGUGUAACUAUGUUUCUCGGACAAAUAAUUUGUGGCGGUUAUUUCCGGUACGAAACCAGAUUUUGUGGGCAGUUGAAAUAAUUUGAUGAAUUGACAAUUUAAAAA